GGUAGGAAUUUGCUAAAUAAGUGGCCUAUAAAAGGAGCUGAACUCUGCUUAAUGAGCAGAGUGGGAGGGGCUGGGUGGAGCCGGGCAGGGCACAACACAACACAACUUCCAGAGAAGGACCUUCUGUGAGGUGAUCCAGACUAACACGGCUACCCCUCUGAUACUAUCUGUGCAUCGUGUGCCUUCUGUUGUGCAGGUGUGAUGGAUCCUGAGCGGCUCAUCCAAUGCCCCUAUGAUAAAAACCACCAGAUCCGAGCCUCCAGGUUCCCCUACCACUUGGUCAAAUGUGGAGAGAAUAACAAGAAAAGAGCCAAAGAGCUGGCCACGUGCCCCUACAAUGCUCGCCACAGAGUCCCAAAGCGAGAGCUCCAGCUGCACAUCUCCACCUGCACAGACAACAGGGCGCCAGAGCUGUUCAGUGGGACAUCAAUGACUUUCAGUCCCAAGCAGGAACUGAAAGAGACUCCAAGAUCCUGGCAGUGUCCCCCCUGUCAAGAGGACUGGGAGGCAGAUGCAGAUGAGUCUGCUGCCAGUUCUCCUUUUGUUCUUGGCUUCAAGGCAAAUUGCACCUUAAGCACAAGUCAAAGUCUUGGUGAGGCAGGCCAGGAUGGAAACCAGCAAAUGCAGGCCGUGAGCACCUCAGCAGCAGCAUGGACUCCGAAGGGUCACUCCUGGAGAAAUGGAUCUCUGUGAAGCUCUUGCUGUCUGGAGAACAGUUGAAGCUUUUAAACUUGUAGCCAUUUUAGCCAUUUUAGACAUGUUCUUAGUGUCCAGACUGAGAAAUAAAACUUCCCUUUGUAUCAACA